AAAUAUGCCGCAAUCUUCGGAGGAAUUAUUGUCACCACAAGAUAUUCUUGCUGAUGUUCGAAGAUUUAUUUCCGGAGCAGCUAGACCGUCACAUUCAACAAAUACUUUAGAAUUAACAAGAACUGGUUUAUCUUUAUUAAAAAAUGUCCCGGCAGCAAGGGAAGCUGUUUUGGAAUAUUUAUGUAAUGUAUUUUCCGUGGCGGUUAAUAAACAUGUCAGACAAAUUGAGAAUAAUCAAUGCUUACCGAUACCGGAGGAAAAUACAAUCGUGGAAAUUCAUACAGUUUUAAGCAGUUUUAUUAGUACUAAUCCCGAAGCCUGGGCUCCAAUAAUUUCAGCCUGGACCUUAGAUUUAUUAGGUAAAUUAUCCUCGGACUAUGCGAAUCGUGGCAAUUUAAAGGAGAAAACAUCGGGUAUCAAUGACUUUUUGCAUCAAUGGAUGUCUUGUAGAACGACGAGAACACUCAUUGAUAUAACAGCACAAUGCCUUCAGUGUCUUAUGUUUUCGGACACGGAAUCUUGCAUUAAUGCCUUACUUAAUACGAGUGUUUUACACAGUCCGCAUUUUGAUUGGGUUGUUGCACAUGUGGGAAGUUGUUUUCCCAAUACAGUAAUAACACGAGUUUUAACAUGUGGUCUCAAAGAUUUUUGCGCCAAUGUCAACAAUCCAAAAUUAAAUUCAGUCGUUGGAAUUCUCGGUCAUUUGGCUGGCAGUCAUUUUUUGGAUAUACGAACGGCUCUUCUUGAUUUAUUCAAAUGGAGUCUGGACGAAAAUGCAAAUAUGGACAGUGAAUCGAGAAUCCAUAAGUUGGCGACAGUUCCUUUUCUCCUGAAUUUAGCGAAACUCUCUCCAAUGUUAUUGAAGGCAUUAACAACCGACGUGUUACAAAUUUUGAGACCAGACGUGAUUCCUCGUCUAGCAUUAUUUGCAAACGAAUGGUGUCGAUAUUUCAGCAACAGUCCCGAAGUUUUAAUAGACAUAACAGUUGAAUUAGCAUUGGGCUGUGAACAAGGAGCUGUACAAAUAAUAAAUAUGUUACUUGACACAAGUUUAAAUAAUAGUAAUGUCGGCUAUCACAGUGUGAAUGCAGCGCAAAGUGUCAAGAGUGUGUGUCGUGAAAUUUUGGAAUUAAUCCUGGAGAAAAUUGAUUUUCGAAUAAGAUCCUUGAAUCCAAAUCAAGUUUACAAUAUUCCAUUGUUAAAUUCAAUUAAACAAGAUUUAACAUCAGUGACACCACUUCUUUUACAUUCGAAUCCAUUGAAAGUUCAAACAGCCGUUCGUUUAUUGUCAUUACUUGGGACACAGUGUCCUAAUGUUUUAAUAUUGUCAGCUACAUUUAUGCUAAAACAGGCUGAUACUAAUUUCCAUUUGGCAGCGCUUAUUCGAUUGAUUUCAAAUAAUGCCGUUGGAUUUGCUGCAAAAAAAUCUGACGUUGAAAAUACUCUUCUAAGUCAUGGAUAUUUUACUCAAGUUCUCGAACAUUCUAUUCGGGAGAUUCAAUAUACGAGCGGUGGCACGAGGGAAAUUCAACAAUUGUUCAAAAAUUUGACUAUUCUUUUGAGGUGGGAGAAUUCGAAUAAAGUUUCAUGCCUACGAUUUCGAAUGAUAACGAACGCAUUAAGAGCGAAUUUACAGCAAAUUUCAUCUCUUUUAUUAAAAACGGACGAUUUUUCACUGGCGAAUGAUAUUGCUUGCAUGUUAGAUUGUUUAACUCCUUUUGAAAAUGAUCAUUAUCUUCCAAGCGUGGAAUUGACGUUAAAGUUGACAAGAGCAAUUAUUCGCUAUUUUUUCCUCUGUAUUGCGGAAGACGAUGUUAUCAUAAAGCAACGUGGUGUCAAAGUAGUUUGUCGUUUAUUGAGACUCUUGACAAAUUAUUCAGCGUGUUCAAGAACUCUCGCACUUCGAGAAUUAUUGGCCUUCUCGCUAUUUAAUGGACCCGCAAAAUAUUUUGGAGCACGAGAAAAAUUCGAAUUUCGAGUCGAGGAGACUUUUCUUUUGCAGCAAAAUCAUAAACAGGGGACGAGCGCAAUGUUAGCACAAAGACACUCCUCGGUAUUUCACGCGGGCGUUAUUGGACAAGGUCCAAGAAAACCUCCACCUGAAAAUAAUAUCGAUAAGGAAAUUAUUACAUUAAACAGUACAUUGCUUAUGGAUGUGAUAAAGGCAUGUUGCAGUAAUCACGAUCCAAACAAUAGAAGAUAUCCAGUUAAUUCCGAUACUUUAACAAUGGUCAGUCUCUUAUUAGUUGAAUUAGUCUCUCCCGAUGUGAUGUACAAUGGACUCCCUUGGCCUGACGAAGAAUUUACCAAGGUGACAGUGGAAAGAGAUUUGCAAAUUAGACGAACCUUCAAGGAAGUUCCCAUUCUUUGGACUUUACUGGCACUAACCGCCUGGUAUCGUCCUGCCUUGGCCUAUUGUUCCGUAUUACUUAGGGCAAUUUCUGCAACGAUAAUUGCCAAUUGGAAUGCAGCAGAAGGUGCGUCAUUAUCAAACGUAAUGGCACUUGGACAAUUACUUCCUCCUCCGCUUGCCAGCAUAAGAGACAUUCUUCCAGUUCUCGAAUCACAACAGAUAAACACAAUAAUGCGAGAGUGCAUCUGGGCGUACAUGCACGAGAAUGUUCCUUCACCGGCACUAUUUACAAGAUGCGAAGGUGCAACUGUUGCUUGGCGAGACCCAGACAGUUCGAUACCCAGUAUUCGUUACACCGAAACAUUGCGAUUAAUUUUAAUAGCAAAUAUCCAUAAACUUGGCCCUCUUUACUCGACACUUUUCUACAAUGAACACAAAUAAUUACCGACAAUGAAUAAUUCUUUGAUUUAAAAUCAACUUAUAUCAUUGUAAUUUAUAAUUACACUGUAAAAAGACAAUUAGCAAUUAAUAUUUUUAUAUAUAUUAACAUUAAAUUUUUCCAAGCUCUUUAUUCGAGUGAAAAUUA